CAACAACGCCUCCACACAUAAAUCAUCACUUUGUCGUACCGACACGAGAAGCUUCGGUCGGCCUUUUGUGGGCAUGACCUUCUGCGCAGCGCAUGCGCAUGUCCACAGCGAUGGGAGGACAAGGACGAUAGACGUGCAGAGCGAGAGACAAAUUUGCACGUCGUCACGUACGUAGCCAGAACCCUAUUCGGUUUUUGCCAUGUAGGCACGGUGUCGUUGUUCACUACAAAAGCCCUACAAAGCGCAGAGUAGCCUUUCUGGAGCAAAGUCUAUGUAAUUCAAGUCAUUCGCAUACACUCUCAUGAGAUUUGCAGUGCGGAUACGAGAGGACACGACAGGGCUCGACAUGCCCUGGACGCUAUUGGCCAGGGGAAGAGGUCUCGCAAAACUGAGAACGUCCAAAGAAGUCAUCAGCAAGACAAAAGAACCCCGCUAGCGUCGACAAAAGCUCGUGUCGUGCGCCGGCAAACCGUGGGACCGAAAUUCAGAUCACAAGCAUCUCCAAUACGGAAUAUUUAAAAGCGACAGCAAGAUGAACCUACGGCAUAUACAAGCGGACAGAGAAAAGCACCGCCGCCGUGAAUCAUUAUUGACUAGAUUUAGUCCUUAUCACACGAACCAAGUCUUGAAACGUCUGACGGGAAGACCAAGGUACGUGUGCGGCUUCACCCUUCAAUCCCGACUUUGGUUCACAACCCAAACGGUCAAUGAGUGGUACCGCAAACCUUCACGGAAGACACUUUUGCUGGGUCGAACGAAGCUAACACGUCUUGGUCCUUGCGUGCCAUCUCAACGCAAUCUAAGAUCUGGGCGGGUCUUUCUAGUUUGCCUGCAGAAUUUUCUCCUGUCAGAGGUAUGGUCAGCCAACGAAAUACCCUUCUUCAGCACAUGCGUCUUGACCAAAGACGAAUGCGCGGUAUGUACACCUGUCGCGCGCGAGUAAAUUUACACAAUCAACAGCUUCCAUCAACAUCACCACGCAGAUUCUAGAGCACAAGUAAGUCAAUCACAUGAGUAUCAGCACUGCACUAACUCCACGAUCCUGAUGGGGCGCCUGCAACAUACGUUAGCCAAUACCACAGGAUGGCUCUUCGCUCUCGAAUACCAGUUCAAAAGGCUGCCUUUCCAUACGGUUAUCAAAGUGGGUAGGCAUGUAUUUCCGGCACAGGUACGUCCAAUAGACAGUCGCGAAAGUGCCAGACUGAUUGCAAUACACCCCAGGAAUGCACUAUUGAACAGGUUUUCAAAAUGGUACUGUGAGGGUGCAUUGCAGACUUCUGCCGCGAUACUAGGAUCGCUGGUGUACUUGUCCAUUCGGACCAGGCGCCCCGUAAAUAUUUUCAAAUUGCGUCGAUAUAUGACACCCAAUCACUUUGCCCAUCAAAGGAUCUUGGAGAUUCACAACGAAUGUUACAUCUUGGGCUCAAGUUCAAUCUAGGACGGACCUUAAACCAGUUGCAAGCUGGAAACGAU